CCUCCGGCUGGAGCCUGCCUGGGCUGCCGUUGCGCUGAGUUCCGCCUGGGCUGCGGGGUCCGAGUGAACGACAGCGGCGUCCCCGGAGACCCCGCGGGCGAGCCGGUGUCAGCAGCGUCGCUUUCUCCAACGCUGAGGGCUGAGAUCUCUUUAAUGAUGGAGGGAAGCAGGCAGACGCGAGUGUCUCGGCCAUACAAGAUCAGCGAAUCAUCCAAGGUAUACCGCUGGGCCGACCACUCAAGCACGGUGCUGCAGCGGCUGAACGAGCAGCGACUCCGCGGCCUCUUCUGCGACAUUGUCCUGGUGGCCGAUGAGCAGCGUGUGCCAGCCCACCGCAACCUGCUGGCCGUGUGCAGCGACUACUUCAACUCCAUGUUCACCAUUGGCAUGCGGGAAGCUUUCCAGAAGGAGGUGGAGCUGAUCGGCGCCUCCUACAUCGGGCUCAAGGCCGUGGUGGACUUCCUGUACGGAGGGGAGCUGGUGCUGGAUGGUGGCAACAUUGACUACGUCCUGGAGACGGCCCACCUGCUGCAGAUCUGGACGGUGGUAGACUUCUGCUGUGAGUACCUGGAGCAGGAGGUGAGCGAGGACAACUACCUGUACCUGCAGGAGCUGGCCUCCAUCUACAGCCUCAAGCGGCUUGACGCCUUCAUCGAUGGCUUCAUCCUGAACCACUUCGGCACGCUGUCCUUCACGCCCGACUUCCUGCAGAACGUCUCCAUGCAGAAGCUGUGUGUCUACCUGAGCAGCAGCGAGGUGCAGCGGGAGUGUGAGCACGACCUCCUGCAGGCCGCCCUGCAGUGGCUGACGCAGCAGCCCGAGCGCGAGGCCCACGCCCGCCAGGUGCUGGAGAACAUCCACUUCCCGCUCAUCCCCAAGAACGACCUGCUGCACCGCGUCAAGCCAGCCGUGUGCUCGCUGCUGCCCAAGGAGGCCAACUGCGAGGGCUUCAUCGAGGAGGCCGUGCGCUACCACAACAACCUGGCGGCCCAGCCCGUCAUGCAGACCAAGCGCACGGCGCUGCGCACCAACCAGGAGCGCCUGCUGUUCGUGGGCGGCGAGGUCUCCGAGCGGUGUCUGGAGCUCAGUGACGACACCUGCUACCUGGACGCCAAGAGCGAGCAGUGGGUCAAAGAGACGCCGCUGCCCGCCCGGCGGAGCCACCACUGUGUCGCGGUGCUGGGGGGCUUCAUCUUCAUCGCCGGCGGCAGCUUCUCACGGGACAACGGAGGGGACGCGGCCUCCAAUCUUCUUUAUAGGUAUGACCCCCGCUGUAAACAGUGGAUCAAGGUGGCCUCCAUGAACCAGCGCCGUGUGGAUUUCUACCUUGCUUCCAUCGAAGACAUGCUGGUGGCCGUCGGCGGCCGGAAUGAGAACGGAGCACUCUCUUCGGUAGAGACAUACAGUCCGAAGACCGACUCCUGGUCCUAUGUGGCGGGCUUGCCGAGGUUCACGUACGGCCACGCGGGCACCAUCUACAAAGACUUCGUGUACAUCUCUGGGGGCCACGACUACCAAAUCGGCCCCUACCGCAAGAACCUGCUGUGCUAUGACCACCGGACAGACGUGUGGGAGGAGCGGCGGCCCAUGACCACGGCGCGCGGCUGGCACAGCAUGUGCAGCCUGGGCGACAGCAUCUACUCCAUCGGGGGCAGCGACGACAACAUUGAAUCCAUGGAGCGCUUCGACGUGCUGGGCGUGGAGGCCUACAGCCCGCAGUGCAACCAGUGGACCCGCGUGGCGCCGCUGCUGCACGCCAACAGCGAGUCGGGCGUGGCGGUGUGGGAGGGCCGCAUCUACAUCCUGGGCGGCUACAGCUGGGAGAACACCGCCUUCUCCAAGACCGUGCAGGUGUACGACCGAGAGGCCGACAAGUGGAGCAGGGGCGUCGACCUGCCCAAGGCCAUCGCUGGCGGGUCCGCCUGUGUCUGCGCCCUGGAGCCGAGGCCAGAGGACAAAAAGAAGAAAGGCAAAGGCAAGAGGCACCAGGACCGGGGCCAGUGACCCCAGCUGCGCCUCCUGGGACCAUCCUCACCAUCAUAUCCCAGGGCUCUGUAGACCAGCAGCAACUUCUUAGUAUUCCGGAAACAUUAUGUACAACUUAGCAGCUUUUUUUACUUUUAUGAUUCUUGGUAUUUCUAUGAUAUCACAGUAACCAAUUAAAUACUCUCUGUAACUUUA